GAGGCAACUUGCAAUUGUUUGUUUUUGUCAUGAUAGAGAAGGAUGACAGUUCACAACGUCAUUACCAAAACUUGUUCAUGUUCAUAAACUGAGAAAUGAUCUGGUCUCUGAACAGGGGAUGUGUUUUUCUUUUGUAAUGUUGCACAUGGUUCCAAGUUGGGAAUGAUCCUUGAGGUAGGCUAUGACCGCUGAUAUGGCCUGACCUGGUGCCCUUUUUCUCUAUGCUUAGAUAUUGAGACAGGCGAUUUGUUCAUUCUAAUGAUUUUAAGGUUGACUUGCUUUUGGAAAUCAUGUAUAAGGAUUCACGACAUCGUUGUCAAAGGGACUGGAAUCCCGGGUAAACUCUUUGCUUCGUCUUCACAAAAUCACACUCUUCAGCUCUGUCGGACCAGUCAACAAACCACAUUGGACUUACUGAAGAAUGAUGCCGUACAGAAAUACAUUCAGGGACUUAAAGACGAAUACAAAGUUGUAACAUGCACAUUAGAAAACCUUAAUCUGAGCGACUCUGAGAGACGUAAUUUUCACCAAAGACGGGUGGAAUUGUUGCCUGUGGUAAAGGCAUUCACGCGCACAGAAGAUGCUGCUAAAGAUCUGCAAGAAGUGGAGACCCUUCUGAAAAGUACCAUAGAAGGCCCCAUCCAAGACGAGCAAAUGGUCGAGCUGCUGAUAGAGGAACAAGCAGAGCUGACCAGAAGAGCAGAAGAUUUAAAUAAAGAACUGAUCCAGACUCUGGUUCCGGUCGAUGAGAAUGAUGACGCCGAUGUCAUAAUUGAAGUGGCCUCUGGAAGGACAACAGGAGGUGACAUUUGCCAGCAAUUUACCCGUGAGAUCUUUGACAUGUACGAAGGCUUUGCCAGCUACAAAAACUGGGACUUUGCGGUUCUCAACUACACUCCAGCAGAGUAUGGUGGGCUGCACCACGCAGCAGUGCGGGUGUGUGGUGAGGCGGUGUACAGGUGGCUGAAGUUUGAGGGGGGCACGCACAGGGUGCAGCGGAUCCCCGAGGUGGGCCUCUCCUCCCGCAUGCAGCGCAUCCACACCGGCACCAUGAUGGUCAUCGUACUGGCCCAGCCCAGAGAGGUGGAUAUUCAAAUAGACCCCAAAGAUUUGAGGGUGGACACCUUCAGGUCCAAAGGAGCCGGGGGGCAGAGUGUCAACACCACAGACAGCGCAGUGCGAAUUGUCCACUUGCCCACUGGCAUCACGGCCGAGUGUCAGCAGUCUCGUUCGCAGCUUCAGAACAGAGACACGGCCAUGCAGGUGCUCAGGGCCCGCCUACACCAAAGCAUCAUGGGAAGGCAGUCAGCACAGAGAGACACGGCGCGCAAGCAACAGGUGGGCACUCGGGCCCAGUCUGAAAGGAUUCGCAGCUACAACUUCAGCCAAGACAGAGUGACUGACCACCGCAUCGGCUACAUGACUCGGGACAUCAAGGAGUUCAUGAGUGGUGGGGAGCCUCUGGAGGAGCUGAUCUCAGCCCUGCAGGAGCAUAGCGACCGGGAAGCCCUACUGGAGCUGGUGGAGGCCAGCCGACAUCAGGGGAAACAGACCACCACCACCACCACCACCACCACCACCACCGACAAGGAACACUGACCUAGGAACACCAUCACCACCACCGACAUCAGGGGAAACAGACCAACACCACCACCACCACCGACAAGGAACACUGACCUAGGAACACCAUCACCACCACCACCGACAAGGAACACUGACCUAGGAACACCAUCACCACCACCGACAUCAGGGGAAACAGACCAACACCACCACCACCACCACCGACAAGGAACACUGACCUAGGAACACCAUCACCACCACCACCGACAUCAGGGGAAACAGACCAACACCACCACCACCACCGACAAGGAACACUGACCUAGGAACACCACCACCACCACCACCGACAUCAGGGGAAACAGACCACCACCACCACCACCACCACCGACAAGGAACACUGACCUAGGAACACCACCACCACCACACCACCAACAAGGAACACUGACCUAGGAACACCACCAUCACCGCCAGGAACACCGAACUAGGAACACCACCAUCACCGCCAGGAACACCGAACUAGGAACACCACCAUCACCGCCAGGGACAACAGAGAACCACCACCGGCAAGGAACACUGCCCUAGGAACACCACCACCACCACCCACAAGGAACACUGACCUAGGAACAACUCCACCACCACCGACAAGGAACACCGACCUAGGAACACCACCACCAACAAGAAGCACUGACCUAGGAACAGUUCAGUGUGCUAAUGGCGCAGGAAUAACAGACGACAUCCACCGACAAGGAGGACUGACCUACAGGAGCUGGUCGAGGCCAGUCAGCAGGAAAACAGACAAUUAUCACUGACGUGGGAUUUACUGACCUAGCAUCUCCUUGAGCAUAUUCAUUCUUAUACUAAAAGUCUCUGACUGGACUCGGGGGGUGGGGGGGGGGCAAUAAAAGCAGGCAAAAUAGCGAACCACAGACAAGACUUGGGAUCAUUGUACUGGAUUUGGCGGAGGCCAGUCACCUAAAAAGCCAACCAUCAUGGAAGGUGGAGGUCAGACAUCACUAGUCAGAGCAGGAAAACCAAUCAACCACUGAUAAGGAGGACUGGAUUAGUCCACUGGGCAGCCUUCAUUGUUGAUGUUGGUGACACCAUGUCAUCUGGACUGAUGUGCAUGGAAUGGACAGAUAUGCAGAAUAAGUUAGCAUGUCUCUGUUAUUGUUGUGAAGAAACUACAAAAGUGGGGUGCUUUUCUCGACAGCGUAGUUGUUAGCAACAUGGGUAGAUGCCAAUGGGAAAUUGCAUUGCAACCAACAAAGUAGCUAAUGUAGUUAAUGACUACGCUUCCGAGAUCAAAGAUGCACUACAACCAUAUUGUUUCUCUCCGUCACCAGAGGGGUCACAUUAAAGCUGUUGCCUCUUUUCCAAGUGAGCUCUAGCCUCAAAUUAGUUUUUUUUUCACAUUUCACACAUAUACAUAUACAUUUAUUUAUUUAUUUUUAGUUCUUUUGUGUCCGGUUUGACCUACACUUAAAGGUACACUGUGCAGGAAAUGGUCAAAAAAGGUACUGAAACUAUGCUGCUCACUGAAACUGGGUUGCCUAUUGCCAAAUUGGAUCUUUUCAUGACAUUUAACUAGUAAUAAACCAAUAUUUUCUAAUA